AUGAGGAGGUUCUGCCCCCACUCAGUCCUCCACAUACGGCUCAGGGGAUGGGGAUCUUUUCUGCUCUGAUUUUCUCCUGACUCCUGACCACCCCAGGGACCCUCCAGAGGAUCUGUUCUCCCUCCUGAUGGCUCUGCUGGUCUCACUUCCUGGACGGAUUCCGGACAUGGCUUGGGUCCUGCUUCUGCUGCUGCCAACAGCCUGCCUGCAAGCUGGGAACCCAGCAGGAUCCAACAGAGAAUAUCUGUAUAGAGUCAAUCAACCAACACACGUCACUGGUGUUCUGGGCGGCUCCAUCGAGAUCCCCUUCUCCUUCUACUUCCCCUGGAAAUUGGCACCGGAUCCACAGAUGUGGAUUCUCUGGAGAUGGAAGAACUUCCAUGGAGAAUUUAUCUACAACUCUUCCUCGGGUUUCAAACAUAAGCAUUUCAAGAACCGGUUCAUCCUGAACUGGACACAGCCUCAGACAUCCGGAGUCCUCACAAUCCUGGGCUUGAAGAAGAAGGACCAGACAGUGUACUUCUGCCGAGUUCAUCUGAAAACGACAAAUCGUAUAGAGGAUUUUCAGUCAAUUGAUGGGACCGACCUCACCAUCACUCAAGGAAAGCACAUUCCAGCCCCCAGGACCAUGGCUCCAAGUCCCACCCCUGCCACUUCUGCACGUACCAAAAAUACCCUCACGGCCACAGAAGGUCAGAUGAGCAGAGAAAAUCAGACCCUGCCUCUGGGAACCAGAGUUGGGGUGGUGGUGGCUGCCGCUGUACUCCUGGCUGGGGUUUUGGGAUUGAUGGUGUUCCUCAGGUGGAAGAGGAGGAAAGGUAAGUGGCAGAGGACUAAAGCCGAAACCCCAGCCAGGGAACUCAUUGAAAACACUGAGAAAUGUGAGAACGUUGAGCCCGAAGGACGACAUAUGGACCCCAAAGAGAACCCCAAGGACAACAACAUCGUGUAUGCCUCCAUUACCCUCUCAAGCCCAACCUCCCCAAGAACACCAGCCCGCCCGCCUGUCCAUGAGAACCCCCAGGAAGAGACUGUAUACUCCAUCGUAAAGACCAAAUGAGCGGGUCUGGGUGACCAUCUCAGAGUCACCUUUGUUUCUAGUAGGAAGACUCCCAGCUUCCACUGAUACCCACAGUGUCAGACGCUCACAGGUCAGAGAUACCCAUGGCCAGGACAGAAAUUUACACAUCAUGAACUCAGAGAAACUGAGAAACUCCCAGUCCCCUUUUCUAACCUGUUAGGCCCUUUUCAUACAAAUAAAAAGAU